GUGACCCGACGGACACCCAGUCCCGGUUCCCCGGACCGCUCGGAUCCUCUGGGACCCAUCCGGGGCUUCGGCCUGGCCACUUCUCCCAUCACACCCCCCACCAUCCUUAAGUCGUCUAGCCUCAGUCUCCCUCACGAACCUAAAGAAGUGCGUUUUGUCAUGAGGAGCUCCAGUGCGCGGAGUCGUUCUCCCUCGCCCGCCCCCUCCCCGGGCAUGCCCUCCCCCCUGCUCACCCUACGGCCGUUCCACCAGAAGCCCCUCCACCUCUGGAACAAGUACGACGUUGGCGACUGGCUGGCCAGCAUUAAUCUGUCUGAACACCGGGAGCGAUUCCAAGAGCAUGAGAUUGAGGGCUCCCAUCUGCCUGCUCUGACCAAGGAGGACUUCGCUGAGCUGGGUGUGACGCGCGUCGGUCACCGCAUGAACAUUGAGCGCGCCCUUAAACAGCUGCUGGAGAGUUGACCACGCGCCUCCCUCUACCUGUAGCUAGUCUCAACACAAUUUUCUUUUAUUUUCUUCUUUAAUUUGCUUGUCUUGU